CGCGUGUCAUGCCCAUGACGUCAAACAUGUACUUCCUGGUGCCGUGACGAUAGUUCUGUGCUUGCAGCUAAUCUAAUUCAUUUUCUUUUCAGGACAUUUGACAUAAACGGACAAAAUGAGCAACAAAACUGAAGUGGAUAUGAAAGAUGUGGAGCUCAAUGAGGUGGAGCAGGAGAAGCAGCCCAUGACAGAGGGGGAGGCUGGAAAUAAUUAUGCUAUCUCGCCUGUAUCCGAGAAGAAUGGCAUUGUAAAGGUGAAGAUUCCAGAAGAGGAGAGCAAAUUCACUGGGUUAACCAAAGAAGAGCUCAUGAAAGUAGCUGGAACAACAGGGUGGGUUAAAGUUCGUUGGGCACUUCUGAUCCUGUUCUGGCUUGGUUGGCUGGGCAUGCUAGCUGGUGCGAUUGCCAUCAUUAUUCAAGCUCCUCGAUGCAAGCCCCUCCCUGAGAUGAACUGGUGGAGCUAUGGACCUCUGUACCAGAUUGGAGAUGUGAACUCCUUUACAGAGUCUUCAAAGUUGAUAGGUGUGGCUGAAAAAGUUCAGGCGAUGGAUGAGUUGAAGAUGAAGGGUCUGAUCAUUGGCCCGAUCCAUGUGUCCAGUGCUGAUGAGCCUGAGAAACUGAAAUUGACUGAGAUUGCUGAAGAGGCUGGUGAUCUGACACAGUUUCAAGAAGUCAUUAAGGCUGCACACAAGAGAGGUAUCUCUGUUGUUUUGGACCUGACCCCUAACUAUAAAGGCAAAGAGCCCUGGUUUGCCGAUGCUGCCAGCACUGUGGUCAAACUGGAGUCUGCUCUGGUGCAUUGGCUAGAAGAAGGUGUAGAUGGAUUCCUCUUCUACGGUGUUGAGAAAGUGUCCACUGCAGCCCCGACCCUUUGGGAGGAUGUCAGAGUCUUUAUCCACAACCAAACGGAAUCAGAGGGAAAAAUGAAAAAGGUCUUAAUUGGUGUUACGGAUCAGUCCUCUCCUGAUGACAUUGUUGCUGUGUUGAACAAAACUGGUGUGGACCUGCUCCUCACUGGUGCUUUAAGAUCCAUAUCUGCUCUGGACGUUGCCAAUACUGUUGAUCGCUUGUAUUCCGCUUACAGUCAGACCAGACUGGCUUGGAACAUAGGUGGGCGUAUUGCUGGACACCUGGCUUCAUUGGUGGGGCUUGCCAAAGUCAAGUUGAAUCAGCUGCUGCUGCUCACUCUGCCAGGCACACCGGUGUUCAAUUAUGGGGAUGAGAUUGGACUGCAAGAUGAGGUGACCAAAAAUCCGAUCAUGGUAUGGGGUGACUCUAAACAAAAUAUGACAGAGGGUGAAACGACCACUUUCCGUAAGUUCUUCAAGUCUGUGAGUGAAAAAAGGUCAAAAGAGCGCUCUUUGCAGCAUGGAGAAUACUUGCCUUUGUUCAGCUCGACCUCCGCCAUGGCCUAUGUGCGAAGCUGGGACCAGAAUGAACGCUACCUUAUUGCACUCAACUGGCACUCGACAGAAACUGUCACUCUUCAGCUGAAGCAUGCUGAGAUUCCUGAACAUGCUACAGUAGUGUUCAGUACUACUGAUGAUAAAGAUGGUAAUGUGCUUAACCUUGCACAAUUAGAGGUGAAGCCAGAACAAGGUAUAAUACUGAAGUUUCCUUACACUACCUAAAGACACAUUGUAAACUCACAGUUAGUGUGAGGAUGUUGCUUUUACAUGCACAAGUGUUUGAUUGGCCAUUCUGUUACAAUAUUAAUCAUUUUUAGUACAAAAGCACUGGUAUAUAUCAUCAGAUUGUACUGUUACAUGCAUCACAUGCACUGCAUGACUACUAAACUGAACUUUAAGCUGGUAGUGUUAUUUUUUUUUAUGUUACUUGGAAUACAUUCCAUAGGAAGAAAAAAAGAUUAUUAUUAUUUUUUUUAGUUUUUAAAAUGUACUGCAAUACUGCACACUAAAAAUGUUGAAAACCUAAAUGGCUGUUCCUUCUAUGUAAUUGGAAAAAGAUGCAUGAAAAUGAAAGCUGUGGACAAUAAAUUAAGUGGAGCAGUU